UUUCCCUUUCCCUCUCUUGUUCUCCACACCUUUUAGUUACAUAUUUUCCCUCAUUUAUGGUGACGGGAGAGAAUUGGCAUAUUAGAUCACGACUGAAGUAAGCAAGGUAACAUGUGAAUUGGUCUUAUACGGCGAAGGAUAUAAAGGAUUACCUGGCCAUAGCCGUGUAAAACUGUAAAUUACUCGGAGACUACUCGGCUUCAAAAAACUUGCAACCCAAAGUCAACCCGAAUGGAUGGAGUUGCCCUGCUGGCGGCCGCCGUGGGCGGAAGCGGCGGCGGAGGUCCAGCUCCGUUCCUUCUGAAGACCUAUGACAUGGUGGACGACUCGGCUACCGACGACAUAGUGCAGUGGACUCCCGACGGCCACAGCUUCGUGGUUUGGAACCCUCCCGAAUUUGCGCGCCUUCUCCUCCCGACCUACUUCAAACACAACAAUUUCUCAAGCUUUAUUCGUCAGCUCAACACCUAUGGUUUCCGAAAGAUUGAUUCGGAAAGAUGGGAAUUUGCUAACGAAGAAUUUAUGAGAGGCCAAAAGCAUCUCCUUAAGAAUAUCCACCGCAGAAAACCAAUUCACAGUCAUAGUCAUCCUCCAGGUUCUGCAAUAGAUCCAGAAAGAGCUGCAUUUGAGGAACAAAUCGAUAAGCUUACUCAUGAGAAGAGCACACUUGAGGCUAACCUCUUAACAUCCAAACAGCAACAGUCCACUGCAAAGCAGCAGCUUGAACAACUAACUCAGCGGGUUGGUAAUAUGGAGCAAAGACAAGAAAAUUUGUUGGCAUAUUUCAAGAAAGCUGUCCAAAAUCCUAAGUUUGUUCAGUGCCUUGCUAAAAAACUAGAAUCCAUGGAUUUUUCAGCAUACACCAAGAAAAGAAGAUUGCCUCUAGCAGUAGAGCAUUCAUUUCCUGUUGAAGAGACAGUCUUGGUAGACAACCAUAGCACUUGCAGAUCUGAGCUUGGUAACAUUUGCCGUCAAGAUCUCUCAAAUAAGCUGAGUCUGGAGUUAUCUCCAGCCGUUUCAGAUGUUAAUUUCCUUUCUCAUAGCACUCAAAGCUCAAACGAAGAUGGGGGAAGCAUUCCAGAAAGAAGAGUAUCAGAAGGAUGGCCAAAUGAUUUGCAAAUGGGAACUGCUCAUGCUCCUAUAUGUGUCCCAGAAACAGUAGAGCUUUCAGAUACAGGGGCAUCAUUUACACUGAUGAUGGAUUCAUCUAUGACCAGCAAAGCCAGUGCAGUCGCUAGUCCGAAACUCAACUCAUUUCAACAUUCAUUUACUACCAACGAGGAAGUUGAUGACCAUAUGUGCUGCCAUUUGAACCUUACUCUAGCAUCUUCUUUAUUACCACAAACAAGUGAUAUGGUUAAAUGUUCAGUGUCAAAGUCCUGCAUCAAAGGCUGCAACCUCCAAGAUCGUAGCUCUCCACAGAAAUCCAGCUACCCUUCCAUUGAUGACUCCGAUGAUAAGUCAGCACCAAGUGAUAAGAAAGGGCCUGCCGCACCUCCAGCUCGUGUGAAUGAUGUGUUCUGGGAGCAAUUCCUGACCGAGAGGCCAGGGUGUUCUGAUAAUGAAGAGGCAAGCUCUUGUUCCCGAGAAAUCCCGUACAAUGAGAAUGAGGAUCAAAGAGCAAAUCAGGGAAUAUCUAGAAAUACUAGCAGCAUGAACAAACUCACUCUCUAAGGUCAAUAUUCUUCCCAAUGUUUCAACCACGGAGUAUGAUUCAAUUUUUUCAAUUUUUGUUUGUAAUUAACUUCUGACCCUCUUAAGCUGGUAGGUGAUAAUGGAACAUACUGUACCAGCAUCUACAACUGCAUUGCAGCUACCUCUUGUAUCUGUUUUUUUAACAAUAGUUUAUACAUUAUUGUAUAUUACAUUAUUACAUGCUCUUAACCGUAAUGAGGGUUGACCACCAUUUUUAUUCAUAUUUGUACACAGAGAGAGUAUUAGUUAUCGGGAAUAUUAGUUGAAGCUGAAUCUGCUCGA